GCCAGACCAACCCCCAUGUUCCUUCAUGGGGCCAUCGCCUUCUGAGUCAAAAGAGGCAAUACGGGGCGACUAUCAACCUCGAGCCUGCUCGACGCCUUUUCGCGAAGCACCACCACCCGACCUCACAACGGCUUCAUUGUACGGGUCGAAGGCCACGUUAGCAAUUCUCGACAAGAUCAUCACUCCAGCCUCCCUGCUUUUCGACCCCAAGUUCACAUCGCGAGAACGUCCUUCACCCCGUCCUCCCUUCCGCACAUUUCCGCCUUCGCCCAAAUUGCAGCGGCUUUCUGUCUCGGUACCCAGUACUAUCAGUCUACAGAACCUCGGCAAGGAGGAACCCACCGCGGCCAUGGACAAGAGACAUCCGAGUUCGUUCCAGCAGCUGGAGAAGCUGGGCGAGGGUACAUAUGCUACGGUUUUCAAAGGCCGGAACCGACAAACGGGAGAGCUGGUAGCGCUGAAGGAAAUCCACCUCGAUUCGGAAGAAGGCACACCCUCGACCGCAAUCCGUGAGAUCUCGUUGAUGAAGGAACUGAAGCAUGAGAACAUUGUUAGCCUACACGAUGUCAUCCACACCGAGAACAAGCUCAUGCUGGUCUUCGAAUACAUGGAUAAGGAUCUGAAGAAGUAUAUGGACACACAAGGCGAGCGAGGAGCAUUGCCCCCGAUCACCAUCAAAUCUUUCAUGCACCAGCUCCUCCAAGGCAUUGACUUCUGCCAUACGAACCGAGUGCUUCACCGCGACCUAAAGCCCCAAAAUCUCCUCAUCAACAACAAAGGGCAACUCAAGCUCGCCGAUUUCGGUCUUGCCCGAGCCUUCGGAAUCCCCGUCAACACCUUCUCCAACGAAGUCGUGACUCUCUGGUACCGUGCCCCCGAUGUCCUCCUCGGCUCUCGCACCUACAACACCAGCAUCGAUAUCUGGUCCGCUGGCUGCAUUAUGGCAGAAAUGUACUCAGGCCGUCCGCUCUUUCCCGGCACAACCAACGAAGACCAACUCGUGCGUAUCUUCCGCAUCAUGGGCACACCCUCCGAACGCACCUGGCCCGGCAUCUCCCAGUUCUCCGAAUACAAGCAGAACUUCCAGAUGUACGCUACGCAGGACUUGAGGCAGAUCCUCCCACAGAUCGAUCCCAGCGGUAUCGAUUUGCUGCAGCGGAUGCUGCAGUUGCGCCCCGAGUUGAGGAUCAGUGCUCAUGAUGCGCUGCAGCAUCCUUGGUUCAAUGAUCUGCCUGGUGCUAUGAGACCGCCCCAGCAUCAAGGAAUUCAGAUGCCGAUGCAGCAGAGGGGAUAUGCGCAGCAGGGUGUCGUGGCUCAGGGUGGCUAUGAGUAUUAAGUGAUGGCGUUUAGUUUUGGGUUUCUGGUGGGCGAUACCUGAGGAUGCAUGGGUGGCGUUCUAUGGUGGACUUUUCGGAUGAACGGUCGGUAGUGGGUAAUAAGUCUUGCUUUUACUUUGAUAUUGCAUUCAUCCUCUACCCUGUAGCUCUACCCUGUAGCUUCGUCUGCAUACUGAUACAUGUGGCAAAUGAUGAAUUUACUCCCUGCGAACCCACCAUUAAACUAGAGAAGUCUCUAUCG